CGGAAGGGGCCCGGGGCGCGCGGUUCCACCGCGCCGGCGCCCGCCUCCCCAGCGCGGCCCGGGGCUGCGAUCCCGCUUUGCUGGGCAGCGAACGGGGCCUCCCCGGGCGCGGACGGGCCCGGCGCUCACACGUCCUCGUCCCGGAACCUCAGCCGGCUGGUCUCGCGAGGCUCAGCCGCCCGCCGAGGCCUCGGCCGUCCCUCCCCGGCGUCCGCCCCGCGCAACUCCGCGGCCCGGCAGCCGGAACCCGGGGCCCUGCGCUCCCGCUCGGCCUCCCUCCCGCCGCGCCGCCCGUCCGCAGGCCUGCGUGUCGCGGGUGGGGAGCGAGAUGUCCACUCUGCCUCAGAGGGAAUCCAGGGCACCUGCCACCUGUCCGGGCUCAGCCUCCACACAGGACCUGGACAGUAACUAUGGGGAUGGUCUGGAAAGAGAAUGCUCCAGAAAACCAGACCGGAAGGUGUCAGAGUUCUGUGGAGCGGGUGAUCCCACUGCCAUGUUGUCCUCGGGCAGCUCCUACCUGUCCUCUAGGGGAGGCGUCAUUAAGUGGUUCUGGGACUCGGCAGAGGAGGGUUACAGGACCUACCACGCGGACGAGUAUGAUGAGGACAAGAACCCCAGUGGCAUCAUUAACUUGGGCACCAGCGAGAACAAACUCUGCUUUGACCUGCUGUCCAGUCGGCUGAGUCAGAGCGACAUGCUGCGGGUGGAGCCGUCCCUGCUGCAGUACCCUGACUGGAGGGGACAUCGGUUCCUCCGGGAGGAAGUGGCCAGAUUCCUGUCUUUCUACUGCAAGAGCCCCACACCCCUUAAGCCAGAGAAUGUGGUGGUUCUGAAUGGCUGUGCCUCUCUCUUCUCGGCUCUGGCCACGGUGCUGUGUGAGGUGGGGGAGGCUUUCCUGAUCCCUGCCCCUUACUAUGGAGCCAUCACACAGCACGUCUAUCUCUAUGGCAAUGUCCGUCUGGUCUGUGUCUAUCUGGACAGUGAGGUCACUGGGCUGGACACACGCCCCUUCCAGCUCACUGUGGAGAGGCUUGAGAUGGCCCUGCAGAGAGCUAAUUCUGAGGGUGUGAAGGUUAAAGGUCUCAUCCUCAUCAACCCCCACAACCCUCUGGGCGACAUCUACUCCCCAGGAGAGCUGCGGAACUACCUGGAAUUUGCCAAGAGGCACGAGCUGCACGUGAUGGUGGAUGAAGUCUACAUGCUGUCCGUGUUUGAGAAGUCGGCAGCCUACUGCAGCGUCCUGAGCCUGGAAGGGUUGCCUGACCCCCAGAGGACCCAUGUGAUGUGGGCAACCAGCAAGGACUUCGGGAUGUCUGGGCUCCGCUUCGGCACGCUGUACACAGAAAACCGGGACGUGGCCACUGCGGUGGCCUCCCUCUGCCGCUAUCACGGCCUCAGUGGCUUGGUCCAGUACCAGAUGGCACAGCUGCUCCGGGACCGUGACUGGAUCAACCAGGUGUACCUACCGGAGAACCAUGCCCGGCUCAAGGCUGCCCACACCUAUGUGGCAGGAGAGCUCCAGGCCCUGGGCAUCCCCUUCCUGAGCCGCGGGGCGGGCUUCUUCAUCUGGGUUGACCUGAGGAAGUUCCUGCCUGAGGCCACCUUUAAGGAGGAGAUGCUGCUUUGGCGCCGCUUUUUGGACAACAAAGUGCUGCUAUCCUGUGGCAAGACCUUCGAGUGUAAAGAGCCCGGCUGGUUCCGCUUGGUCUUCUCGGACAAGGCCCACCGGCUUUGCCUAGGGAUGCGGAGGGUCCGGCAGGUGCUUGGGGGCAAAUCCCAGGUGGCCGAAGAGCCCCAUUCCUGUCAGGCCCAGGAGCCAAGGAGCCAGCACAGGUGAGCUGGUCGUCGCUGGGGGACAGCAGGGCCUGGCAGCCACUGCCAACCCGAGCCAUUUGGGGCUGUGAAGACCGACGGCGGAUGGGCCAUUUGUCAGGCGGGUACCCGAUGUGACCUCACCCCCGAAAAAGAACCAUUCCUGGCCCCUCUCAGGGGCAGUGAGAGACUCCUUCGGCUGUGCUCUGCUUCGGCCCCUCCCCCUCUAGUAAACAAAACUGGGAGAAACUAGAAGCCUCUGUGGUGAGUAAUGUACAGAAUGGAGGAGUCGUGACUGCUCCUAAGCACAACCCUUCACCCGCCUGAGAUCAUGAAAAGAAAACAAUGUGUACCUUCUUUUGAUGGCACCCUCCUUCCUCCUUUGUUGCCAGGGAAACAAGUCAGAGGAACAACACAUAUAAGAGACAACAUGCCCAAGAAAUAAACAAGGGUGAUAAUUCCCAAACCCCAGGAGGACGGAGUUAAUUCUGUGUGUUCCUGUUGUUCUCCCCCCGUGAGGGUGUGUGGGCCCACAGGACACCUGGCACCUGGGACAGGCCUCCGCUUGGGCCGCGGUGAACAAGACCCCACGGGGGCAGUCAGAAGAGCUGCUCUGCUUCUGGGAUGCUCUUCCUCCUCCUUCUUCCCGGCAAGGAGCUGCCUUCCGACAUCUCAAACCCGAGUGAUCUAGCCACGACUACUUGGGGGGGGAAGAUAAGGGCUGGACUUCGAACAACCAGGCUGGCCUUUCCACCCUAAGCAGGCAAAGGGCCACUCAGGCCAUCCUCAGGGCUGUUUGAGUUUAGAGCCCAAGUGGGCUUUCUCAACUGACCUUAAAGCUGUGUGCAGCAGACCCUUCUCUGGGGUCUCCACUCCGGUGUAGAAACGCGGUCUCUUUCCUUGCUUCUGUUUUAAGAUAAUGUGGGUGCAGUCAGUGUGUAUUUUCUGCAAAUCAUAGUAUUUGAUACAGGAUUUGCUUUCCUCUACCUUUCUGCCUUUCAUCCAUUCAUUCCUUCUCCCUGUCUUUUCUUGAAUACCUUCUAUGUGCCAGGCACCGGGCUGAUAAUUUCUGUGCAUUAUUUCUAGCUUCGACAAUCCUGGGAAGCUGACAUUAUCACCCACCACUUGAGACAUGAGGCCGUGGAGUCUCAGAGAGCUGGAAUGCUAUUCUCAAAGUCACGUAGCUAGAAAGUAUCAGAGCCGGGAUUCAAAGUCAGGUCGGUUUGGUUGCGAAUCCUGUGCUGUUUGUACCCUGCCCAAACAGGCACCAGCAGGAUGCUUUGACUCUUUCCAGUCCUGAGAACUGGGCUUUGUGUUGUCAUCGUCAGCACCUUUAAUUGUUGUUCAGUGCCUUUGGCCAAGUAUCACUCCUUUCUAUUCCCACUUCCAGGAAACACUGGUACUAGGAUUUGUUGGUUCUGGAAAGCCUUCAGGUUUUAUGGGUCAGACUAAGAACGGCCACAUCGAGAGCCCUUUGCAUCCCCUUUAAAAACCUCUGUUGUGACGCUGCCGUUGUGGUUCAGAGUCCCCCAAGGAAGGACCCCUGUGAUACAUUCUGUUUAGAAUUCUCAGAAGAAGGACUUCUAGUUCUUUAGAGGGAAUCCAAGCUGGCUUCCUGGCAGAGGCAGACCGAACCUGGGAUCUGAGCCUGAACCGAGUCCGCACGAGCCCAGCUGGCUGGUGCUGUGUGAAGGGAUGUGCUCCAUAUAUCUCUCUCUGUGGAAUCUGGGUCUGGCAUAUUCUAUACCCAUCUCAGUGCUCACCUUUGUGCUCACCUUUCUGCUUUUGCUCCUUACAACAACCAGCCAGCUGUGUAUGAGCAUCGCCCCAGGGGCCCCUCGGCUGCUCCAAAUGUCACUUUCUGUC